AUGCUUCGUUACAGAGCAACACGAACAUUCAGAAGACCCCAAGUAGGCGAGUCCCUCCUCAAGACCUUACACGAAAGAAGCAUCAACGAGUAUGCUCUGAAUUUUUCACCUUUUCUCUACAUGCUUCUGAACAUUCGGGAGUUUCCCCUGUUGAUGGAAUGUUUUGGUGAAGAAGACGAUGUUUAUGACGAGGUUGAAUUACAAGAUGACCUUUCUGAUGAAAUAACAGUAGAAGAAAUCUCUCGUAUAUUUAUCAGGAUGCUACAGGAUGAGGAUGAACUGGGAACUAUUUUGGAAAUCAUGGUUCGGCUGACUGCUUUUGACCUUCGAGCGGAGCGCGGGACAAGUGAGGAUGCGGAUGAAAAUGAAGAAGACGAACCAUCGGAAGAGGACCAUGCCUUGGAGAGCCAUGAUAGUACCGACUCUCACCCUGUGCUGCCAGUUGCCGGAAGAGUUGGGAGAACAUAUUCUUAUAUUCUUAAACUAUGA